AUGGCGGAUCUCCUUCAAGCCAAUGCUGAUGAGCGUGCCGUGCACUUGGAGCGCUACGGCCUAUCCAUGCACCGCUUGCGUCCCUUACAAACAGCUCCGGGGAUGAGCCCAGACGCAGCGGUUGCCUCCACCCAUGCUUCUUCCACACACCAUGCAUUGUGGGGGUUGACGGAUGCUUCACAACACCAGACAGUGAUUUUCAGUGAGAAUACUAGUGUGCUUAUCGGCGAUGAUACUUCCCAAUCACCUCGGACAAGCGACACAGGGCCCGGACUCAUUCUUGCGAUUGGCCUCGCCAAGAGUUCUCGAUUGGGGCUUCUCAUGCUUCAGUGUGAGGGCUGA